AUGGUGAGCGAGUCAAGAGGUCGAAAAGGGGCCGCUACCCGGAUAAAAGCAACGGAUGUGCCUACCAUUGAACCUUUCGCUAUCCGAUUCCAGUCUUCAUACUUCAACCCGGCAAACAACAAACAUCAACUCAACCCCGAAUCAUCAACGCUACCCGCAAACAUGAAGUUCACCGCCGCCAUUUCUUUCCUCUUCGCCGCCGCCGUGUCUGCCCAGACCUGCAGCGGCAGCGAGCUACAGGUCUGCGUCGGCAACCGGAUCAAGUUCUGCAACCUUGCCAAGAACAACGUCUUUGAUCUCUUCCAAACUUCACGCCAGCAACCCAAGGCCGUCAUUCUUUUCCGUCACUGCGCGCAAACCUCUUUUCAAUGGCAUCUUUUCUUCAACUGCACUGGCUUCCCGCUCGUCAGUGACUCGACCCCCUUGGAGGAGGAGGAGCAUCUCGACGAGUUCAAAGCCGGACAGUACUAUCCCGCCAUCAUCGGAGACGUAUACGACGAAAAGUACCAGGUCCUGGGAAAGUUGGACUUCGGCGAACACAGGGACCACAUCUAUGUAGCUUCGAAGAGCUACACGGUUGAUGGUGGCAACUUGGAAGAGUUCCAAACAUACGAGGCUCUGGGCAAAGGAAACCGCUCCCACCCUGGAUAUCCCCAUAAUCCAAUGUGGGAUAGCUGGAAGGACGUCGUGCGUUGGAACCCAGCCGGCCUCUUCAAUGCAGAACUCUUGAAAGCAGGCAUCGCCAAGCUGUUCUUGGCCCUCAAUUAUCUUCACUCUGAAGAUAUCAAAGCAGAGAACAUCAUGUUGGAGUUGAUGGACGUGACAGUCUUAGAAGCGUUCGCACGGUCCGAGCUGGAAGACCCUUCCCCUAGGAAGUUCGUGGACGGAGCUCCGAUCUACAAGUCUCGGCAGUUUGGCCAUCCCAAGAAAUUUGGCGACGUCGUCCUGGGCGAUUUCGGUGCGGCGGUUCGGGGCGACCGGAAGCGAAACCACGACGCGCAACCAAACGUGUACAGGUCUCCCGAAGUGAUGCUCAAAACGGAAUGGAGCUACCCUAUCGACGUAUGGAACGUCGGUGUCAUGGCAAGGCCCUGA